UAUUAUCCUUUUUAGUUUCGCUAUUGUACUAAAGUUAAAAGAUUCAAAUUUUGCAGAGCUAUGGCUAGAAAUGGGGAUGAAUCUGAUGAAGAAACGCCAGAAAAAGAUAAGGACUAUGAUGCCUUGAACGAGAAAGACCAAGGUGAACCAGAAGAUAUAGCUAAUGACGAGUAUUUGCGUCGACUUGAUGAGUUUGAGGAGCUGGCUGAUGCUGCUGCCCUUCUCGGAGUUGAUACUAAUCAUCCUACAGAGGAGUCAGGUAGCAAGAAAGGCAAGGGUAGGGGAAGGGGGUCAGGAAAAGCUAGGGGUCCGACAAAAGGGCUAGGAAAGACCGGGCCCAUGUUCCUGCAGUUUGACAGCCUUUUGCGUCCAUCCGGCAAAUGGAGAUUGAAGUAUGGUCAACAGAUCGGUUUGUGUAGUCGCAAGUUGAAUAUUAAUUGGGAUUGGCCAAGUGUUAGUCAAGGUUUAAGGAGUAAAUUAUGGGAGGACACAAUGGCAAGAUUCCACCUUGAAGAUGAUCCAGUAAUCAAAAAGAAUUUCCUCUCUAGUGUAGCUAAGAGAUUCAGGGACUUCAAGGGAAAGCUAGUGAGUGGCCAUAUUAUUUUUACAAGAAAGUUGAGCAAAAAUGAGGUCAAUCGUCAACCAUAUGAGAUUUGGAAAAACAUCCAACGAGAAGAUUGGGAGACAUUUAAAAAGUCAAAAACAUCUGACAUAGCAGUGCUUAAGCGUCAAAAGGCCCAAAAGAGUGCAAAAUCGAAUGAUAAUCCUCAUCACUUGGGACAAUAUAACUAUGAGGAUGCUCGGAAAAUAUGGAUCCACGAGGGCUUUUACCCAAAUUCUGAACAAAAUCGAGGUGAUGAUUGGUAUUGUUCAAUGCAUAAGAAAGACAAAAAAACAGGAAAAAGAUCUAUCCCAAAGCCCAAAACGAAGGCAAUUGCUGACAAAUAUGUAAGUAAUUCAAUUCUUGUGAUUUUCUAUAUGCGGCCCACGAGAUAA